GGACCCAGCCUCUCUCUCUUGCAAAAUGGCGGCCACAGUUCCCGGUGCGGCUCCUCCCGCGGCCGCCCCGCCGCAGAGCCCGACGGCGGCUUCCACCGCCCCGGCGGGGAGCGCUCCCCCCGCGGCCGCGCCGACCCCGCCCGCCGCGCCGGCCCCGCCGCCGGCCGCGCCACUGUCAGCCGCGCUCUCGGGCCCUUUCCCCGGCGGCCGCGUGGUGCGGCUGCACCCGGUUGUGCUCGCCUCCAUCGUGGACAGCUUCGAGCGGCGCAACGAGGGCGCGGCGCGGGUCAUCGGGACGCUGCUGGGGACCGUGGACAAGCACUCGGUGGAGGUCACCAACUGCUUCUCCGUCCCGCACAACGAGUCCGAGGAUGAGGUGGCUGUGGAUAUGGAAUUUGCCAAAAACAUGUAUGAGUUGCACAAGAAGGUGUCUCCUAGCGAGAUCAUCUUGGGCUGGUAUGCAACAGGUCAUGACAUCACGGAGCACUCAGUCCUGAUCCAUGAGUAUUACAGCCGGGAAGCACACAAUCCCAUCCACCUCACUGUGGACACAAGUCUCCAGAAUUCACGCAUGAGCAUUAAAGCCUAUGUCAGUGCCCCAAUGGGAGUCCCUGGUAAAACUAUGGGCGUGAUGUUCACACCCCUAACAGUGAAAUAUGUUUAUUAUGAUACAGAACGGAUAGGAGUGGAUCUUAUAAUGAAGACCUGCUUUAGCCCCAAUCGAGUGAUUGGCUUGUCCAGUGACUUGCAGCAGGUGGGGUCAGCCUCAGCCAGGAUCCAGGAUACCCUGACCAUGGUGCUGCAGUAUGCUGAGGACGUGUUGUCUGGCAAAGUGGCUGCUGACAACACUGUCGGGCGCUUCCUGAUGGAUCUUAUUAACCAGGUGCCAAAGAUUUCACCAGAGGACUUUGAGACCAUGUUGAACAGCAAUAUCAAUGACCUACUGAUGGUAACCUACUUGGCAAAUCUCACACAGUCACAGAUUGCCCUCAACGAAAAACUUCUGAGUUUAUAAAGAAACUUUUGCCACCUUACACUUCAAGGAGCCUGAAGAAUGAGCAGAUACACUUUUCUGUGGUGUUAGAAAUUUCCUUGGACUGUAAUUUAAUUACCUACAUGACUUGGUUUACAUUUCCAUUGCUCUGAAAAAUCCCUAACAUGCUUUAGGAAAUGAAUGGGAAUGGCUGUAGUUCCAUUGAGCCUGGUAUUUUAAAAUGGAAUAUGAAAAUCUUUUGUCUCCUGGAUUUGUCUACUUGUAUAACAAAAUACAGCUUUAUUGUAAGAAUGUAUUUGGAAUAAAAGUUCCAUUGCAGUGGCAACAACGGCUUCUGUCCAGAAAAAAAACUUCCUCAUUUAUUGUGUAAUGAAUCCAUUUUUGAAAGGGGGAGGGUAAGAUGGCAUCAGGAAAGAAAGAGCGGGUGUGAGUGAACUCCAGUUCUAUGCAGGUUUUUGUUUUUUUUCCAACUGUUAAAUCACAUUGAAAGUGUGGGUAUUUGUGUUGUAUAUGAUAUACUUUACCCUGAAGGACUGCAAAAUGGUCUCUGGUUUAUUAGUGGUGCUGUGUAUAUCCCUUCAGCAGGGUACUGACAGACUACGAGACAGUAAUUCAGUUUAUGGUAUCACUUCUGUGCAUGAAAUUGUUUUCUGAUUGUUUGGGAAAGGAAGUCAAGGUCGACAGCAUUAGCCCCUCAUAAAGGGGGAGUGCAGAGAAAAGCCAGCAACUGA